CUUCUGUUUUGGUCCUCCAUUCCCUUCCUUUUAUCGGUCCCUGUUGGACCUUCUUUUCAUGGUCCAUACUGGACUUCCUUUCCACGGUCCUUGUUGGACUCCUCUGCUUAUCUUAUCAAUGGACCUUUCCUAAAUCACAUGACCUUGUGUGCCCAAUCCUCAGUUCUGCGGGUUAAUGUUUCAUCCUGUGUCGCUGUGUUGGACAGCGCUCUGUUCUGUUGGUUUGUAACAUCACUCCCCUUCUUCAAGACUUUUGUCCUCGAAAGUAUUUAA